AUCACUUGGAAGACAAAAGGUUGAGGCUUCGAGAAGAUGCAGCAACUGUCAAAAGCUUUAAACACAUUUCAAUUUUACAUCGCUUUGGCCGUCGUCUUAGCGUCUGCAGCUAACACAAUUGCUCUCGAGUGCUACGUCUGCAGCUACACGUUGAGCCAGAGUGAUGCCACCUGCCUCACGAAUGCCACAGCCGGACGAGCCAUCAACUGCAGCAUGAAGUACUGUUUGACGGUGCGUCAAGAAAUGAUUCACAAUGCGAACAAAGUCAAUUCCUUUCUACGUGACUGUCAGGAUAAGCCGCUAAUGCUCAACGGAGUCCAAACGGGUCCCUCCUAUCGCACCUACUAUCGCUCCUGCCAGCAGAAUCUCUGCAAUGGCCACAACGGGCGAGUCUACAAUACCAGUGGGAAUAUUGCAGCUGGAGGAGGAGGUGGAGGAGGAGUCAGUGGAGCUGUUGCAAGUGGCAAUCACAAUGCCAUUAUAGCUGGCAAAAGCGGAAGCCCAAAGGCAAGGACGAGUUUGCGAGUUUGCUGGCUUCUUCUCAUGUCGUUGUUGGUAACUGUAAUUAGCGUUGAAUGCAUGCGAUGAGAUAUGGCUAAAAGCACAAGACAAGACUUCCCCCCACUCGUAAUAUAUGCCAGCCUUAAAAUAAAAUGCCGCCAGCAUCCAAUUA